AUGGUGAUCAAGAAGCCGGUGAUUACGGUCUACGAGAAUGAUCCCAUUUCGGUGGAGAAAGAGUUGGUGGACAAGCGGUUCUCGAGUAAUGUCACGGAUGAUUCCCCCCGCCUAACGUUGACGCAAAAUGAUUCCAUCGAAAGCGUUGAGACCAAUUUUAAGGAUUUCGUUGAGAAAUUCAACAGAGUCAUGCUAAAUCCGACUGCGAAUAGUUUAGACUUAAAUUAUAGUUUUUAUGCAGAGAAAGGAUACAAUUUACAUUUAUCAGAUCAAAUAUUUGAUGGUAAAUCAUCAGAGGAACGUCUGAAGGAAUUAGAAGAAGAACUUGGCCAAUUAGAGGAUGACGUUAGAAACGUAAGCAAAAAUAAAAAAAUGGUUGAAUUAAUCUUUAGAACCCAGAUUCUGAAGUCACGGAAGAUCAUCUGAACACUUUAAAGACGCUGGUGGAAAGUGCCAAGAUCAAACUGGAAACACAUCUCGUCUCUUCAUCAUCACAGUCAGAUGCAAAGUAAGUGAUCGUACUGAUUCUUAGAUUUCGAACCCUAUUCAGACCUGCGAUAAAAGAUCCAAAAAUUGAAAAAGCGGAUUUGGCUUUGUUAUCCGAACGGAUUGACAAAAUCCUCUCGAGGAUCGGCGCUGAUCCUAACACCUCUUCCCCAUUCCUACGGCCUCUGACUUUAGUCAUUGAGGAGUUGCUCUUAAGAGUUGGAAGUCUAACCAGUCAAAACAAAGCGGAGAUAAACACAGAAUUGUCCGCCACCAUUUCUCAGCUUCAAGAUUUCCAAAAGAGUUCCCAAAAUGAGAGUUAUCAGAAGAUAAAUCAGCUCUAUGACACUCUGCAAAAGUGGAACACUGAAUGCCAAGUGCUCCCUCAACUGCUCCAACAUCUCAGACGAUGUGCUAAUCUCUCGGAACAUUGUAAGUAAUGACUCCAAACUAUAAUAUUGACAUUCCUUCAGCUAAUGACGUCAUUAAAAACAUUGAGGGACUGGAGUCUGGAUUGGAGGAAUCCAAGAAACUCCUGGAAUCUCUCUGUUCUUCUGAUACCUUCCAAAAUACAGUAGUCGAAUUGGAGAAGAUACAGCAGAUGCUAUGA